GAAAUAUGCUGUAAACAGGUCUUUUUCUAAUGCUACUCGAGCAAAUAUGCGGAAGAACAGGAAACGUCAAAAACGGAAGACGGUGUAUACGAAUCAAAGGAAACAACCGAAACAACACAAAAAUUACACCGCCAUCCAUUUGUUGGUGGGCAAAAAAAAAAUACGAAUUCAAAAUGCAAACCAAAGACUAUUAUACAAAAAUUGUGGUGUUUCUCGCCGUUUUUAUUAUUCUGCUGAAAAAUAAUAGAUGUACAGCCAAUGAAAUCGAGCUGCCGAAGCAGUUUGUGGCCAGCAGUUCCCACACCAAUAACUGGGCAGUGCUGGUGGACACUUCACGCUUCUGGUUCAACUACCGCCACAUUGCCAACGUUCUGUCGGUGUACCGCUCCGUCAAACGGCUGGGCAUUCCGGACAGUCAGAUUCUGCUGAUGAUUGCCGAUGAUAUGGCGUGCAAUCCGCGGAAUCCCCGUCCGGCCACGGUAUUUAACAACGCCAACCAGCACAUCAACGUGUACGGAGCGGACGUGGAAGUGGACUACCGUGGGUACGAGGUAACGGUGGAGAAUUUCGUCCGGCUGCUCACCGGACGGAACGAAAAUGGGACGGCCCGGUCGAAACGGUUGCUCUCGGAUGCCGGCAGCAACGUGCUGAUAUACCUGACCGGGCACGGAGGAGAUGGAUUUUUGAAGUUCCAGGACUCGGAGGAAAUCACGAACCAGGAGCUUGCCGAUGCGAUCGAACAGAUGUGGCAGAAGCAGCGGUACAAUGAGCUGUUCUUCAUGAUUGAUACCUGCCAGGCGGCGUCGAUGUACGAGAAGUUUUAUUCGCCGAAUAUUUUGGCCGUAGCUAGCAGCUUGGUGGGGGAGGAUUCGCUUUCCCAUCAUGUCGAUCCGGCGAUUGGGGUGUACAUCAUCGAUCGUUAUACUUACUAUGCGUUAGAGUUUCUGGAGAAGGUGGAAGUCAACAGCAAGAAAACGAUGGGCGAAUUUCUUUCGGUGUGUCCAAAACGAGUUUGCAUAUCUACGGUUGGAGUACGGAAGGAUCUCUAUCCCAAGGAUCCAUACAAGGUGCCCAUCACCGAUUUCUUCGGCUCAAUUCGGCCUACAGAAAUAACGUCGAAUGUAUUGAAUGUGACGCUUUCCACUAUUCCGGAAGAUCGCUUUGAAGCCAAAGCAAUCAGCAAACCAAAUCCAGCAUUGUUCUACGAACAAUUUCCAUCUAGUCUGUUUGUCUAGCAAAUCUUGCAUCCAUUCGCAGUACAAAGGUAAGGCUUUUGACUGACUAAGUAAAUAAACAUUGAACACAAUGGGAA